GAGUCGUAUCGAUACUCAAUUUCCUGAUGUGACAAUCAGAGCUAUAAAUAUUAUGGUUUGAUGCCAUGGGAAGUGGAUUCUCAUGGUUAAGCCUGUGGCUGUGGGCUAUAUAUUAAGCAGGUCCAUCCACCCAUCUUCCUCACCAAUUUAUUAUUUAAAUAUCUUCAUUCGGCUUCAUCAUCAUCAUCAUCAUCUUCCUCCUAAUUCAAAUAUUUCUUCUGCUUCUUCUUUCACAAUUUUCCUUCCCCUUCUUCUCUGCUUCUUCUGCUCACGCCUGAAAUGUCUAAGAAGAUCGUCCUGAAAUUGGACUUGCACGAUGACAAAGCGAAGCAGAAGGCUCUCAAGGCAGUCUCUGGUCUUUCCGGGAUUGAAUCCCUUGCGAUGGACAUGAAGGAUAGGAAGCUGACAGUGAUCGGGCAAGUCGACCCGGUCAAUGUGGUGGCCAAGCUAAAGAAGAAGUGGCACACCGAGAUCCUGACGGUCGGGCCGGCGAAGGAGCCCGAGAAGAAGGAAGAGCCCAAGAAGAAGGAAGAGCCCAAGAAGGACGACGAUAAGAAGAAGGAAGCAGACCAGAUCGCGGAGCUCGUCAAGGCCUACCAGGCCUACAAUCCUUGGCUCACGAGGUACUACCAUGUGGCGAGCGUCGAGGAAAAUCCCAACGCUUGUGUCAUCACUUAAGCUCGGGAUUGGAUCGGUCGUCUCGCAGUCUUCUUAGCAGUUUUGAUCAGUGAUUGACCGGUGAUGAUAUUGAGGAGGCCGAAGAGCGAAUAGCUCGAUCGGAGAGUGCUUCCCCCUUGUACAGCUUGAUAGGGUGAAGGAUUAAAGAAUUUGUACGGUGAACUUGAGGGAAUAAACAUUCCAAAUUAGAAAGGCAAUCUUUUGUAGGAAAAUAAAAAGCUCGAGUGACUUCUGGUUGUACUAUGAAAUAAGCACUGUAUUUCUUUCAUAUACUGAUUCGAAACGCAAAAUAUUAAGAAAGAUGCGGAAUUCGAGUUCAAUGAAUUGGUGAAUUUGUCCUGUCA